CGGUGUUCGACUCGCACAGUUUAAUUCAGCGCGGCGCUCCGUCUAAGCGCGUUCUUGAAACAAAUUGCACAGCAACGCGACUUGAUUGUACUUAGAUUUUAUUUUAUUUAUCGUUAUUUAACACAUUUUAGCUAUCUUAUUAAGUUUGUCGCUGUGCAAAUAAAAAUAAGCGUGAAACUUUAUUUACUUAUUUAAUUUGUGAUUUGUGAUUUUUGUCAGUAGUGCCAGUAGUAAGAGAAAAGAAAAUGUCGCGAAUUCAAGAAUGGUACGUGGGGAAAACUAUAUUUAUUACCGGCGGGACUGGAUUCAUGGGCAAGGUGUUGGUGGAGAAGAUUUUGCGUUCUCUGCCAGAUGUUAAGAAAGUUAUUUUGUUGAUUCGGCCUAAACGAGGAGUUGAUCCUAUGCAACGUUUGGAAAAUAUUAAAAAUUUACCGGUUUUCGCUCGAUUAAAAAUAGAACGUCCAAAAGCUCUGGAUAAACUUGUCAUCAUCGAAGGAAACUUAGAAGUGGAGAAUUUGGGAUUAACGGCCGCUGACAAACGUAAACUGAUUGAAGUGUCGGUGGUUAUGCAUAUGGCGGCGACUCUUCGCCUGGAAGCUGAAGUAAAAGACGCCGUUGUUGCAAACACAAUCGGCACCAAAAUGAUUCUCGAUUUGUGCAAAAACAUGAAAAAUUUACAAUGUUUUAUACAUUUAUCCACGGCGUUUUGCUAUCCGGACAAGGAGAUUCUCGAUGAGAAGGUCUACGAGCCGCAUCGCGAUCCGUACGAAGUGAUGAAAUACGUGCAGACUGAGAACGAGGAGGUGCUGAAGAGAAAAAUGCAAGAAAUUUUAGGCCCACAUCCAAACAGUUACACAUUUUCAAAACGCCUAGCCGAAUGGUUAGUAAAAGACUAUGCGAAAGAAUAUCCUGUGGUAAUUGCACGUCCUUCGGUCGUGAUUCCAACAUUUCGUGAACCUAUGCAAGGAUGGGUUGAUUCUCUAAACGGACCGAUUGGUGUUAUCGCUGCUGCAGGCAAAGGCGUCUUAAGAAGUAUGUUGUGUGUUGAAAGUAAUCUAGCACAAAUCAUUCCAUGUGAUUUGGCAAUCAAUGCACUUCUUACCAUACCAACUGAAAGAGAAAAAACUAAAGACGACAUGUUGGUUUAUAACCUCAACGUCCCAAGAAACGUAGUGGCGAUCUCAUGGGGUGAGAUACUUAACCUAGGCCAGAAGAUCAUCAGUCAAUAUCCAUUUGAAUGGAUGUUGUGGUAUCCAGAUGGCGCUCUACGCACUAACGUUUACAUUCAUUGGUUGGUUUUGAUUCUAUUUCAAUGGAUACCAGCCAUAUUUCUCGACAUGUUGUUCUUUUUGAUUGGCCGUGAACGAUUUAUGAUUCGUGUACAAAAGAAAAUUAUGGUUGGUUUGGACGUCCUGCAAUAUUUUACAACGCGUGCUUGGCAAUUCGACACAACAAACUACGAGAAAAUGUCUUAUGCGGUCACUGGUAAAGACGAAGAGAUAUUUUACCAUUUGAAUGUCACUUACGACCUAACAGAUUAUCUCACUCAAACCUUACUGAUGGUUAAGAAGCAUAUUUUCAAGGAACGAUUCGAGAAUCUGCCUUAUAUCCGUCUACAUUAUAAAUUUUUAUGGUUGUUGCAUAAUACAAUCAAGUUCACCUUUCUCGGCGUAAUGGUACUCUUCGUUGUGCGCCUUCUAGGCAUCGACGUAUUACUCAGUCGAUCUUGUUUCCACGGUUAACUCACUUAAUAUUUACUCUACCAACAUUUUUUGUUAAUAUUUUGAAUAUAUUGAUAUCAAUGGUCAAGGUCAAAACAAAAUAUGGAAAAACAGUCUAAUAUCCAACAAAUACAAUAAUUAUUUACGUGUUAAUCUAAGCUUUUAAUUAGGAAUGUGUAUAAACGGUGUAAAUUAUUAUGUAAUUGUUGAAAAAAACAAAGAAAUAAGCAAUAUUUGCAUAAAUAAACGUAGAUAUUUAUUUUGGUAA